UAUAGUUCCUGGCACAUAUUAAAUGCUCAAUAGUUUCUAUUCCUAAUAAUAAUGAUUUGUUACAUGAAUAAAGUAUAACUUUUCACAGCCACUAUCAUCAAAUAGCUCUUUCAGACACUAAAGCUAAAGUUGUACCUCAAUGACCCUAGUGGAGCUGCCUCCCCCUACCCCAUGUCUUACACCCCCACCGCACCUGGUGUUGGCUUCCUCCUUGGGUUCACUGACCCUCAGUUUGUAUGUUCAUCUGAGUGCCUACUUUUCAGACCUGAUCCUGGAUCAGCAAGAACUGUUCAGUGACCUGAAUGACAGUAUGAGGGUUAAAGUACGAGAAGCCCUUCUCAAAAAGCAUCAUCAUCAGAAUGAAAAGAAGAGAAACAACCUCAUUCCUAUUGUUCGUUCCUUUGCUGAGGUUGGCAAGAAGCAGUCUGAUCCACAUUCGAUGGAUAAAAAUGGUCAAACUGUAUCUCCUCAGUCUGUUCUAACUACAAAUCUUGAAGUAAAAAAUGGAGUGAAUUGUGAACACAGUCCUGUGGAUUUAAGCAAGGUGGACCUUCAUUUCAUGAAAAAAAUUCCCACUGGGGCAGAGGCCUCAAAUGUCCUGGUUGGAGAGGUGGAUACUUUGGACCGCCCCAUCGUUGCCUUUGUGAGGCUGUCUCCAGCUGUUCUUCUCUCGGGCCUGACAGAAGUGCCAAUCCCAACAAGGUUUUUGUUUAUCUUAUUGGGUCCAGUAGGGAAAGGUCAGCAGUACCAUGAAAUUGGCAGAUCCAUGGCCACCAUCAUGACGGAUGAAAUUUUUCACGAUGUGGCAUAUAAGGCAAAAGAGCGAGACGAUCUCCUGGCAGGGAUUGAUGAGUUCCUAGACCAGGUGACGGUGCUCCCUCCAGGGGAAUGGGACCCCUCCAUUAGAAUUGAACCACCCAAAAACGUCCCUUCCCAGGAGAAAAGGAAAAUGCCUGGAGUUCCAAAUGGAAACGUGUGCCACAUUGAACCAGAAUCGCAUGGGGGUCAUAGCGGGCCAGAACUUCAGCGUACUGGGCGGCUAUUUGGGGGCUUGGUGCUGGACAUCAAGCGGAAGGCCCCCUGGUAUUGGAGCGACUACCGGGAUGCACUCAGCUUACAGUGUUUGGCCUCCUUCCUGUUCCUGUACUGUGCCUGCAUGUCACCUGUCAUCACCUUUGGGGGAUUGCUUGGAGAAGCCACCGAGGGACGCAUAAGUGCCAUUGAAUCCUUGUUUGGAGCUUCCAUGACUGGGAUUGCUUAUUCCUUAUUUGCGGGACAGGCUCUCACCAUCCUGGGAAGUACUGGGCCAGUGCUUGUGUUUGAAAAAAUUUUGUUCAAAUUCUGCAAAGACUAUGCUCUUUCAUACCUCUCCCUUCGAGCUUGUAUUGGACUGUGGACCGCCUUCCUGUGUAUUGUCCUCGUGGCAACUGAUGCCAGUUCCCUUGUCUGCUACAUAACCCGCUUCACUGAAGAAGCGUUUGCCUCCUUGAUUUGCAUUAUCUUCAUCUAUGAAGCAAUAGAAAAGCUGAUUCACUUGGCAGAGACCUACCCCAUCCACAUGCACAGCCAACUGGACCACCUUAGCCUCUAUUACUGCAAGUGUACUCUCCCAGAGAAUCCAAAUAAUCACACCCUACAGUACUGGAAGGACCACAACAUCGUGACAACAGAAGUCCACUGGGCUAACCUGACUGUCAGUGAAUGCCAGAAGAUGCACGGAGAGUUUAUGGGAUCUGCGUGUGGCCAUCAUGGACCCUACACUCCGGAUGUGCUUUUUUGGUCCUGUAUUCUCUUCUUCACCACCUUCAUCCUCUCGAGCACCUUAAAGACAUUUAAGACAAGCCGCUAUUUCCCAACCAGAGUACGCUCCAUGGUGAGUGACUUUGCAGUUUUCCUCACUAUCUUCACAAUGGUGAUUAUUGAUUUUUUGAUUGGAGUCCCAUCGCCAAAGCUUCAAGUUCCCAGUGUGUUCAAGCCAACAAGGGAUGAUCGAGGGUGGAUUAUUAGUCCCAUUGGUCCCAAUCCCUGGUGGACUGUGAUAGCUGCAAUUAUUCCAGCUCUUCUCUGCACUAUCUUGAUAUUCAUGGACCAGCAGAUCACAGCUGUCAUCAUUAACAGGAAGGAACAUAAGCUCAAGAAAGGCUGUGGCUACCACCUGGACCUACUGAUGGUGGCCAUCAUGCUGGGUGUCUGCUCCAUCAUGGGCCUGCCCUGGUUUGUGGCUGCAACUGUCCUAUCCAUUACACAUGUGAACAGCCUCAAGCUGGAAUCUGAAUGCUCUGCUCCUGGAGAACAGCCCAAGUUCUUGGGCAUCCGAGAACAGAGAGUGACAGGCCUUAUGAUUUUUGUGCUGAUGGGGUGCUCAGUCUUCAUGACAGCUAUCUUAAAGUUUAUUCCAAUGCCAGUUCUCUAUGGAGUUUUCCUCUACAUGGGAGUUUCUUCACUACAAGGAAUUCAGUUCUUUGAUCGCCUGAAGCUCUUUGGGAUGCCUGCAAAGCACCAGCCGGAUUUUAUCUACCUGCGGCACGUGCCGCUGCGUAAAGUGCACCUCUUCACCCUCAUCCAGCUGACCUGCCUCGUCCUGCUCUGGGUCAUCAAGGCAUCUCCAGCUGCCAUUGUUUUCCCAAUGAUGGUUUUAGCCCUGGUCUUUGUCAGGAAAGUCAUGGAUCUCUGCUUCUCUAAGCGAGAGUUGAGCUGGUUAGAUGAUCUCAUGCCAGAAAGCAAAAAGAAGAAGUUGGAUGAUGCCAAAAAGAAGGCCAAGGAGGAAGAGGAGGCUGAAAAGAUGUUAGAAAUGGGGGCAGACAAGUUCCCCUUAGAGAGCAGGAAGUUACUAAGUAGUCCUGGAAAGAACAACAGUUUCAGAUGUGACCCCUCUGAGAUUAAUAUAUCUGAUGAAAUGCCUAAAACCACGGUCUGGAAAGCUCUCAGUAUGAAUCCUGGAAAUACAAAGGAAAAGAGUCUCUUCAACUAAGUCUUUGCUGGGAUGGAAGAUUUGGGCCAUGAGGUGCCUCAGGGAAGUUCUGAUUACAGAGAAAAUGGCGAGUCUCUCAGAGAAGAAGCAAGACCAGCCUUGUCCUUGGUCAUCUCAAAGCCAUGCGGAAGCAUUCAGUUAUUCUUGAUGUGCACUGGAGGGCAUCCAGCUACCCGCCUACCAGCAGCUAGUCAUCAGAUAUGAAUGUGGAAGCAGAAGACCGCCUCCUACUGGCUCUUCUCCUCCUCUUCCUUCUUUUUCUCUUCAGAGCUGCCACCAUUGAAGAUCUAGCUUCCCAUUUUCCAGACAUUUUCUGUGAACUCUCUGUUGGCCUGCUGAGCCAUACGGGUCCAUUCUGCCACUGAGGAUUCCUUCAGUGAGGUCCCUCUUCCUAAAGGGUGGGGUGGGGAAGCAGGAGAAGAACAGAGAGAAAAGGGAAGGCUCUCCAGUCCUGUUAGUGGCUGCAGGCCCCUAGGCAGCCCUGGGCUGUGGUUUGAUUGCUUACCAUGGGGGAUGCUGGUCACACCCAGAGGUUGUCAGGGGUCUGCUACCAGGAGGGUCAGCAUUCAGGCACUGGCAGUGCCAACCACCACAGCCAGGAAGACGCCUCUAACCUGGCUGCGUCUUCAUCACUCCCUAGCAGUGGCCUGCAUAACUCAGUGAGAACCUUGGUUGAUACAAGGGCCAAGAGGGACACUGGAGUUGUUUAAGAUAGGAAAAGGCUCAAGGGAAAAUCAAUAAUGAUAUAAGUGAGGAUGAUCAGCUUCUCCAGGUUUUCAUUGAGGAUAGAGUAAGAGAAUGAGCUUAGAUUGCUACAGAAGGAAUUAGUUUAGAGACCAGGAAGGAAUUCAUGGGCUGAAGAUUUGUCAUAGUGUCUGCUUUCUAUAAUAGAUAUCUGGGAGAGAUUUGAUAACAGUUGUUUGUGAGUAGAAAGGGGGAUAUGGUGUUUUUAUUGGCCAUUUUGUGGGACUAUGUGACAUCUUGCUGCUGUCUCUUGAAGAUACAUUCUGAUUCCAUCCUGGUGAGAUCCAAGUGCUUAUGUACUAUCUCCUUAGCUGCCUUAGUGAACCAUCAUCAGUUCAAUGGACCAAAACCACCUUCAGCCAUGUGGUUUCCUCAUUACCGUGGAUUUCUUUUGGUUGGCAAAUGUUCUGGCUCUCAGAUGUAAAAAGCCACACUGGGAAAUGAACUAUAAGUGGUGAAAUUAAUUUUGGUGUUUCAUUUAAAACUACAUUUAUAAUUUUUCUCAUCUCUUCUAUGAUGGAAUGAAUGUCAAGGGUUUGGGAUCCAGUGUGUGUAGACCUUUCCUUUCUUUGUGCACAGAAUGUGACUAGCUAGCCCGUUGGCACCCAGGGAAUAUAAUCAUACUAGUUUUCCAUCCUGGAAAGUCUUUGUACAGUGGGAAGUUCCCCUGGCAUAUCCUCCUUUCAUAGGUGAAAGAGCUGGCUACAUCACUUUAUUGAAUUCUGCAUUCCUUAAACUCUUAAAAUAUAUUAAUGUAUUCUAGCCUUACUCUACAGACCUUCAAUGUUGAAGGAAUCCUGUGUUUCUUUCAUAUUUCCUUAUCUCUUAGGGCCACAAUUAUUUUAAUACAGAGAUGAUUUUCAAAAUAUUUAACAACUGGUACAGGACAGACACCAACCACUCAGAACGGAUGCCAGCUGUAAACAAGCAGUAUGUGUGGUUGUACCAGUGCCUAUUGGCUGAACGUUACACUGCUUUCAAAUAUUAAAAUGACAUCCCUCUGAAAUGUGAGUGUCGUUCCUGGUUUGUCUGAUUUCUACUCACAAGGCCGUCUUAGGGAAUGCCUCGGCUUCCUUUCAUGUGGUGCAGACAGCAUUGGUUAUGCUUCUUUGAAUUAUGUGGGCAUUAAAAUCUUUGUGAGCCAAAGCUUCAAAUUUUAUCACUUUAGGACAAAUGUAAUAACUUUACUCAUUUACCUACCUAAUUUGGAAAAAUUAGAAGGCAUCCCAUAAAUGGGAGAAGCUUUCUUGCUGACUUCUCCCUGCCCUCUCUAGCUGCUCCCUUGAGCUUGCCUCUUUUUCAUCUUCUUUGUUCCCAGAGAACAUCCUCCCUUUCUUGCUCCAUCUUGCCCCUCCCAUCUUCUCCUGCCAUCCUCUGUAUAGGGAAAUUGGUGACUAUUUUACCUCUUACCCUACCCUCAGCACAGCUGUAAGGAGUGUAACAAAACCAGGUGACAGUGUCACUCAGAAAAAAAUGCCUCUCUUACUACACUGAUGUCUUGUGUUGCCUGGUAUACACCAGGCUGCCUGAGGGGAGGAGACCUGCCUUUGUUAACUGUGCAGUGCAGUUACAGGACCCUGUGUGCACCUUUGGGUCCUUCCCAAGCCAGACCCUGCCAGGUCACUGCACCUUAGGAACAUUAGCUACUUUGGAAGGUGUUGCCAACACUUUUAGGCCAUUAGGUUUUUCUCAAACAAUAGCCAGCCUCAUUUCUGCUACAUCUCAGUGGUAGCAACCAUUCCCUACUCUUAAUCUCUCCUCUUUCCCAAAUCCCACCAAACAUUCCAUCCCAGUCCUGGCUGCUUCCUUGCUUAGGUCUGUGGCUGGUGGCUGUGGUGGCAGAGUGAAGAUAGGUGGUGUUUGGGGUAGGGAACUGGGAGUGAAGGUGAAGCAGCAGCAGUGCAUGUGUAUGUGUGUUUGCAUGUAUGUGUAUCAACAAAUGAGAGAGUAGCCAUACGAUUUCAUUGCUAUAUUAGCCUUUGUGCACCUAGUUGUGGGGAUAUCAAAAGAUAUAGUCAUUCUCCCAUCUAGGGGGUUCCCAUCUUAGACAUCUCUAAUAGAAUAGCUUGAGGACAAAUACAGGCAGAUUAAUCUUUAGAAAAAAAGUGUUUAAGGUCAACAUGAAGGAGAAAUGGAUUUAGAGGUGGAAAGCAAGGUAGUUGGGUGAUUUUUGUGCCCACGUUUGCUUGGGCCAGAGAAGUGGUCUACCUUUUUUAUGACAAGGGGAGCUUGCAGGAACAGUUUAAGUGUUUGCAGGUCCAAUGCCCUGAUAGGCUGGUAGUGUAGACAUAGGAAGGAAGGUUGGGGAUUUAAGAAAAUGAUGGUGAGUGGAAUCUUAGUUCUAAGGGGAAAGAACUGGAGUUUCUAAGUGGGUAGGUUACUUCCUGGUCAUGACUGUUAUGGAAGGGUAGGUCCGGAGAGCAGAUGAAGACCAGCAGAAAUAGGCUGUGAAAUUGCCAAAUACAUUUGGUUGCAUAAAACCCAGACUGGCUCUUUGUGGCUAGAUAUUAUUUCCAGCUUUUGAAGACAGGGUUAUCAAGAGAUAUGGUCUUUACUACAUAUGAUUCCUAGCCCCAUCUCCUUACUUGUAGGAACUUGCCUUUCAAGUAAAGGGGGAGUGAACCACAUAUUUCCAAAAGUAUGUGCAUAGUCAUUAUUUUAUCUGAGAUAUGGGGUUGGCUUUUAACUUAGUCAAAAAUGUCAGAUAUUAUAAAAAGCUGGUAUGUCCUAAGUCCCAGGCUUGGUUGAUAUUUCAGGCUGUGAUAGCUGUGACCUUCAAGAAGUCUCUGGUUUGGGCAACCUGUGGUUUCUGGUCACCCAAAAAAGACAGUUCCUAGUCCUACUUUAUUUUCUACUCACUCUACUCUCCAGACUUCCCUCUUCGUAGAGGAAUCAGUGAUUCUCCCAGCAUCUUCUCUGUUGAUUUCAAUGUCCAUGUUCUGAGUUUCAGGUUUUCCUGAAGUAUAGAAGCAGCCUCGACCCAGGGCCCUGGCUUUCUUUCCUACUAGCAUGAGAAACACUAUCAAUAUAUUCUCUCUGCCACUUUACCAGCUUUUCUAAAUUUCUUUUGCAAGAGAGUCAGCACCUCCUCUAGGACUUUUAAACAGUCAUCUUUGCCAGUUGGUUACUGCACCCUGCUCAAACUUCUCAGGUUUCCAAGCCACAUCCUAGCAGGGCAUCCAGAAACCCUACAGUGAAGGGUUUCUUCUGGUUGUAGCUGUUGGGCCUCCCAUUAGGUAGAAAUCCUUCCAACAGGCCCUGGAUGGCCAAAUGAGACAUCACCCAAGUUCCUCUUCCCUUCACCGUCUCAGCUUUUUCAAGCAUCCUGUACUCCUCUCUUUUCUGCUUUUUCCUCAGUCUUUCAAGCUCUUGGAGGGAAGAAGUUCUUGUUCAGAGGUCCUAAAACCAAUGGGGGUGAUGAGAGCUGUGAGGUUGGACAGUUUGGGGGCUUCUCAGAAAGGGGACUUUAUGUUAUUUUCCUUAUUUAGGGUGAGGGACUAAGAAUUCUCAAGCCCUCAGGCUAAUCCAUAUUUCAGUGUAAGCACAAAAGGACAUUUCAAAGCCAAAUAGAAGUGAUUUUUCUACUAAAUCUGUCCUUUAUGAUUCUCAGUGCCCUUGGUCUCUUAACAUUAAUUAUAGAGAAUGAGUGGUUGACUCAGUUAACAUUUCUUUAUCAGAAGGGAGGGUAAUUUUCAUAACCAAGAGAGAUGUAAAGUAACUGUAUUAUUGCUUGAAGUGUGAAAAGAGGAAAGAAGUGUUAUGUGAACCUUUCCAAUAGGAAAAUUCAGAAAGCAGAAUGAUUCAUCCAUAGGCAUAAUUCUUUUAGGAGAUUCUAUGCUCAAAGGGGAUGGAGUUGUUUCUAAUCCUUCUGGAGAGAAAAGGAAUAGCAUUUUUUUCUUAAACCUAAUCCACUUUCAGCAUUACAGAAUAGAGAACUUUUUUUUUUUGUAGUUGAUGCCAUUAAUAUUUCCUGACAGAGAGAACCCACCCACGGCAUUUUUCUAAACCAGCAGAAAUUAGCAGAGCUUGGGCUUCUCUUAGCAGGUUUGCAAUUGACUUCAACAUGCAGGUUUUUCACAUGUGCAAUGUGAAAGGUUUUUCACAUGUGUUUUCUGUUGGAAACAGAAGCACCAAAUUGAAUGUGCAAUUACUCCUUUUGUAAAAGAGGCCAAAAUCUUCCUCCUCCUUCCUUUCACCCAUAUUCACUCCUCCAGGAUCAUAAACCUCUCUCUUGUUUAUUUGUGUCUGUCUGUCUGAUUGGUUAGAUUCGGCUUCCCUUCUAAGCUAAUGGUGUCAGGUGGAGAGAAGAGCACCCUUCCCACGGAAGGGGACAACUCGAGGUGCUGGUACAUUUCCCUUGUUUUCUAUGUUCUUUCUAGUAGGUCUCAUGUAGAGAUAGAGAUAUUUUUGUUUUAGAGAUUCCAAAGUAUAUAUUUUUAGUGUAAGAAAUGUACCCUCUCCAUACUCCAUGGUGUAGAUAGAACUGAGAACAAAUGUGUCAUUGUGAUAAUCCCGUAGCAAUUUGUGGUAGGAACAAGACCCCUGUCCCUCACCACCAAGUCUCAUGGUCUGUGUCCAUGAACCAGGGCAGGUAGUUGUGACAUUGCAUCUCAUGGACCCCCUGCCCAGACUUGUGUGUGCUCGCCUCACCAGGUAAAAAAUAAAGUCUGUAUAAACUAUU